AUGACGUCCCCAGCAAAAGAAUUCCACGGCUGGCCAUUCACCCCGACUGACAUCGAGAUCCGCAUCACGCACUGCGGAAUCUGCGGCACAGACGUCCACACUCUUCGCUCCGGCUGGGCACCAACAGACUACCCCUGCGUCGUCGGCCACGAAAUAAUCGGCUACGUCGAGCGCAUUGGCUCGUCCGUCCCAACACUUCCCUCUUCGCCCGCAUCCCGAUCUAUCAAAGUAGGUGAUCGCGUCGGGGUCGGCGCGCAGAGCAUGUCCUGUCUCAAGGCCGAUUGUGAGGCAUGCGCAGAUGGACAGGAAAGUUACUGUGCGCGCAUGACGGCGACUUAUAAUAGUCGGUAUGCGGAUAAGUCAAAAUCCUAUGGUGGGUUUGCGGAGCGGUGGCGCGGUCCUGCGCAUUUCGUGGUGAAGAUUCCUGAGUCGUUGCCUUCUGCUCAGGCUGCGCCGUUGCUAUGUGGUGGUGUUACGGUGUAUGCGCCUUUGAGAAAGUAUGGCGCUGGGCCUGGGAAGAGUGUUGGGAUUGUGGGGAUCGGGGGGUUAGGACAUAUGGGUGUGUUGUUUGCGAAAGCGCUAGGUGCGGAUCGGGUAGUUGCGAUAUCGCGAUCCAGCUCGAAGAAGAAGGAUGCUGUUGAGGGCCUUGGGGCGGAUGGAUUCAUUGCCACUGGUGAGGAUAAGGGGUGGGCGAAGAAGUAUUCGCGGACCCUGGAUGUGAUUAUUUGUACUGUUUCUGGGCCGGAUAUGCCGUUGGCGGGGUAUUUGAGGUUGUUGAAGAGGGAUGGGGUGUUUGUGCAGGUUGGAGCCCCGGAGGAUGCUUUGCCGCCGUUGAUGGCGUUUUCGUUGAUUCAAAAGGGAGUCAAGAUUACGGGGUCGAGUAUUGGGAGUCCGGAGGAUUUGAGGAUGAUGUUGAAGUUGGCGGAGGAGAAGAAGGUUUUGCCAUGGAUUCAGGAGAGAAGGAUGGGAGAUGUCAAUCAGGCGUUGGUUGAUAUGCAUGAGGGGAAGGCGAGGUAUCGAUAUGUUUUGAAGAACGGGGAACAAGCGAAGCUGUAG